UUCUUAAAUAAAAGUAAAAUUUCAAUGAAUUACUAACUAAAUAUAGUUUAUUCUCUGGAUUUCAUUUGCCCAGUAAUCUGUUUUUUAUUUUGUAUAUUGUUCUUUUUAAAAACUGUAAUUCCCACUGUGCUCGGUCACAAAUAAAUACAGUGAAUACACAUUACAGUCUUAAUGGUGAGAAGUCAGGGUUAUGGUUGUGUAAAGCACAAAACCCUUCUUAAGAUCUUCUGUGUUAGAACAUUCACUAAAUAGUUGGCAGGAAUAAUGAUAUGUCACUGACCUUUGUGAGCUUGUUCUGAUUCUAUUUAAAAUACCCACAGGAUAAGCAAAGGGGUUAAUGCACAGAGGUAAAAGGUUCAGGGGUUUAGGAAAGGUAUCAGGGGCAAGAGAGCUACCAAUUCUUACAUGAUAUGAGGACCGGAUCAUCAAAAGAGGCAGUUAAAGUUUUGUUCCUGGAGCUUUUAUGUGCUGUCUUUGGAACAAUUUUCCGCUCUGUGGAUGUUAUGAGACGGUAUUUACUGUAGGUGCAACACGCAGAGGUCUUAAUCUGUGACAUCGCCACUGUCUGUGGAACAACAAGGAUUUGUGGAGUGUAAGAUUAGAGCUCUACGUCGUCAUAAAUCUCUGCUUCCCAAUUCGACCGGGUGGUGGCGGGUGGGGCGGUGGCUAGGUGUAGUCUGAGGUCUGUAGAGUUUGUGGAUGAAACGUUUGUGCGUCUAUGUGGGGUCAACCUCCUAUGAAGUUUUUUCAUACCUCGGUCACAUUCACAUGGCUUGAUGCUCUCUCUUAGACCUGAUUUUUAUUUUUAAACUCGCUUUUUCUUUUUUGAGAUAGUUUCGACGCAGAACUUUUUAUGGUGCUCUGCUGUGGUGCUUUCCAUGAUGAACUACUGCAUACCAGACAUGUAUGAGAUGCCUCACGCCGGGGUGGGAGGCUACGGGAUGCAGGGCGGUGGGGAACACUGCAUGUACCCAGGUGAGGGGCCCGGGUACGGACACUGUGAACCCCAGCCGCUGCACCAUCCGCCCUGCAUGGAGCAGGCUUGGCCACCCAGCCAGCAUUACUCCUGCUCGUACGCCGGCAGCCCUCCGGUUUUUAAGAGUGAGUUUUGCGGCAUGGAGAUCCCUCUUAGUCAUUUCCACCAUCAGCCUGAAUAUUUCCCCGAGAUCAAACCGGACUUCUCACACCUGCAGUGGGUGCAGGAGGCGCACAAGAAAGGGUACAUUCCAAGUUACCUGGACAAGGAUGAGCUAUGUGUAGUGUGCGGGGACAAAGCCACAGGCUAUCAUUAUCGCUGCAUUACCUGCGAAGGUUGCAAGGGUUUCUUCAGGCGGACAAUCCAGAAGAACCUCAACCCAACCUACGCUUGUAAGUACGAGGGGAAAUGCGUCAUAGACAAAGUGACCAGGAACCAGUGCCAGGAAUGUCGCUUCAAGAAGUGCAUCGCGGUGGGAAUGGCAACUGACUUGGUGUUGGACAACAGCAAGAGGCUGGCCAAGCGGAAGCUAAUUGAGGAGAACCGGGAGCGCCGUCGGAAGGAGGAACUGCAGAAGACAGUGUGGGACCGACUGGAGCCCACCCAGGAGGAGUGGGACCUCAUCCGUAUGGUGACCGAGGCCCAUAUGGCCACGAACGCCCAGGGCAACCACUGGAAGCAGAAGCGGAAAUUCCUGGUCGAGGAAGCUAUGCUUCUUAAUGAAAUAACAUGUAAUUUAUUCUAUACUUCUGACCAGAGUGCAGCGGGGGUGAAGGAAACUAAGCCUGAGGAUAUUGGUCAAGCGUCCAUGGUCAAUGCACCUGAAGGAAACAAAGUGGAUAUAGAAGCCUUCAGUCAGUUUACAAAAAUAAUCACCCCUGCCAUAACCCGAGUGGUGGACUUUGCCAAAAAACUGCCUAUGUUUUGUGAGCUGCCUUGUGAAGACCAGAUCAUCCUGUUGAAAGGCUGCUGCAUGGAGAUCAUGUCCCUGCGAGCUGCUGUUCGCUAUGAUCCCGAGAGUGAGACCCUCACGCUCAACGGCGAGAUGGCGGUCACGCGGGGUCAGCUUAAGAACGGAGGCUUGGGCGUAGUCUCGGAUGCCAUCUUUGACCUCGGCGUGUCGCUUUCCUCCUUUAACUUGGAUGACUCUGAGGUGGCUCUGCUACAGGCUGUCAUCCUGCUUUCAUCCGAUCGGUCGGGCCUGAGUAGCGUGGAGCGAAUCGAACGCUGCCAAGAGGAGUUCCUGCUGGCCUUUGAACAUUACAUCAAUUACCGUAAACACAAAGUGGCGCAUUUCUGGCCCAAGCUGCUAAUGAAGGUGACGGACCUGCGGAUGAUCGGCGCCUGCCACGCCAGCCGAUUCCUCCACAUGAAAGUGGAGUGUCCCACCGAGCUAUUCCCUCCUCUCUUCCUGGAGGUCUUCGAGGACUGACCAAUGGAUUUUAAUGUAUGUGCGUGUGCGUGUGUGUGUGCGCGUGCAUCUGUGUGUGUGUGUGUGUGUGUGUGUGUGUGUGUGUGCAUCUGUGUGUGUGUGUGUGCAUCUGUGUGCAUCUGUGUGUGUGUGUGCGUGUGUAUGCGUGUGUAUAUGUGUGCGUGUGCAUACGUCAGCGCCUGGGAACCCUGGUGGUCUCAGGGGUGGAACCAGCAGAAGGCCCGUCACAAUGAACUUUCUAUUAGCACUACUGAGUGUCACUUCAUUCCAUAUUUUAGGAGUAGCUCUCUGGUCUAGUUUUGGAUGGAACCAUUCCUUACUGUGCGGGUACAUGUGAAUAGCAUUUUGUUCUUUUUUUUGGGUUUGUUCUGUUGUUGUUAUUGUUGUGGAUAUAACCUCUCACCUCGGAUUUUACUAUAGUUUUUUUGUGUUGAUGAUUGUACAGUUGGCAUAAUGGUGAUUUUAUCAACACUUGUUCAUUCAUUAGAAACCAUGCAAUUGUUCCUUCCUAUAUUUUGAAAAACUCAAAAUGGCUGCUCACCUGCUACACAAAAACGAGACAUUGUUAGCGAUCCGUUAGCCUUUCCACCCCACCCGCUGGACUUUAUUGGACCCCUUUGUUGGUUGAUAUUACCUGUACAUGUAGUCAUCCAUUUGGUGAGCGUCUGAACUGUUCAGUGCCUCACCAUCAUACUGUGACCUGACCCAUUAACAGCAACACUCAUUCUAAUGGACAACAGCUCACAGGCCUUUGUAAGUCUCUGAGUAGCCACCCAUCAUAAUGUUAAGUCACAAUGCUGCGUUCCAUAGAUGUCGGAAAAAUCUGAAUUUUGCAACAGAGCGGCAGAAUUCUGAGAACCUGGGCUAAAUUUUGUGACAUUAACUUUUCUGGGAAACCGAUGACAUCUACAUGACAGCGUAUACUGUUAACACUACACAGCAAUACUGUUAAACUUAUAAUCCUCAAAACCCACAAGUAAAUUUUUCAGUAAAGUAUGAGCAUAAUUCUGCCCAAUACUUACCUUUGUGGUGAACAGCUAAGCAUGGGAUUUUUGAAAUGUGAAGGUACACCGACAGCUAAUGUGCUAACUACCUAGCAAACAUUGCUAAAUAUCAUGGACAACAUAGGCUGUACGACAGCAUAUUAGGGCUAUUGCAGAAGUAAAAAAAAAAGAAAGGGGGAUGAUAUUUUGAAAAAUACACUCAGACAUUCUGUACAUUCAUUUGGCAGAACUCACCAAGUCCGAAAUAUGCAAGAGAAAUCUGUACUGUAUGUUUUCUAGAACAUCAAACCAAACUCCAUUCAAAAAUCUGGUAAUUUAAUCACAACUUAAUUCCCAUAGCAUAUCUCUCAAUCCAAACUGUCCGAAAUGUGUCACGCUGUGAAAAUAAAAGAAGCAUAUGAAAUAUCAGGCAAACCCAUUCUUAAAUUUUGAAGGAUUACUUCACGAAUAUUAACUAUGCUGAAUUGAGGAGCGGAUGGAUGAAAAUAACGUAUAAAAAAACGUAAUUAACACACAUUGUGAAGGCAACAUUUUAGACUAAGUGAUGAGCUUAAAGGUAAAUGAAAAAGACAUGUAUUUGGAAAAAUGUCUGAAGAUUUGUAAAUAAAACCAUUUAUUGAUUUCUAAUACCACCUUUAGUAAUUUCUAUUCAGCAUUUCUGACAUUUUAUAAACGGAUUAAUCAAGAAAAUAAUCAUCAGAUUAUUCGAUAAUGAAAAUAAUUGUUAGUUGCAGCCCUAAAUAAGUGCAUUUUUUAUAACGCAGCACUUGGAAUGGCAGUUCAGUAUUUUAGGCUACAAAUGUAGCUUCUUCCAUGGCCCUAAUCCUCUGUCAUAGCUGCGUACAUUUAUUUGGGCGAACAAAAUCUUGCUUUCAAAAAAACAACAAUCAGGAAUCACACAAAGCUUGUAACUCCAAGCUAACCGCCGGCCAUUCAUACUUCCAACAUUCAAAAGGAACGCAGCAGUAGCAUUAAAAUGAGCGUGUUGAUUAUUUCCAGAGACUGGUCAGGACUAACUAAAGCACAUAAUGACACUGAUGUCAGGAAAAGACAAUCAUAUAGUACUCGUUUUUUUGUGUAACAAUGCCACAUGCUGUGCCAAAACCAAGUGAAUGAUGCCCUCCUUACCGAACCCCUGCUGGGCUUUCAGAGCGAUACCGAGACUUGACUGGUUAUGCUAGUUAGUGCAUGCCGCUCACACAGACUUUUAGUCCACGUUAGCAGCUUCUACAAUACAACCGUUAUGAGUUUUAAAUGUUUCAUCUCUGACAUGUUGCCGCACUAGUCCCACAUGCAAUGAUUUCAAGCAGUGUGUUGUUUUUUUUACAACUCCCCAAAACUGGGAGACUGUAUGUUAUAACAGUAACGUCAUGGUGCUAUGGUGGGUUGGGGAAGAGGCUGAUUGAACUGUAUUGUUAUUUACAUGCAGAAAUGAACAUUAUCUGUAUGUACAACAGCCCACCACCUUCUUAUGAUGGCAUGCAUAUUCACUAACACACAAACAUGCACAUACACAGUACAUACAGUACCCUGUACACAUACUGUACACAUACUGUACACAUGCACAUUUAUGCAUGUGCCUAGAUAAGAUAUGGGCCAGACCCACCACUGUGACCAACCAGUGGGAUUUGGAGGCCAAGUGAACUUUGGCUGGCCCAAAAACAGUAAGAUUCCUCAUCAGCGAGGUACACUGAGAAAGCUGGUGAGAUUGUGAAAAAACGUAGCGCUCUUUCCUUUCUUUUAUUUUAGCCGGUAUGUUCUUUUUUUUUUGUUGUUGUUGUUCUAAAAGCCUCUCUAUGGUAUUGUCGUUUGCAACGUGUCAAACGUUUGCUUUGUAUAUCUCGCUUUUUUCAAGCUUCACACUACUCCUCAAAGCAGCUUGUGUUUUUUUUUUUUUUCUCUUUUCUGUGAAGUGAUGCCUUUUUAUCAAAGCAAUAGACUUGCUGCAGUGUUUGAAUGACCCGGACCUCACACACACACCUCACAAACUGUACAGACUCAAAAUAAAUGCACAGACAAUCAGAGGGAGAGAGAUGAGCGAGGGAACAGGCACCCAGGCUCAGGCGGCCCGGUUGGCGGUGAAAUGGGCCGUGCUGAGCCAGAGCCAAUUGGAAAAGUAACAUUGGCAACGUUUACAUGCACCCCUGUUGUCCAUAAUCCUAUUGAGGUUAGCACCAUGUUAAGUUGUUUGCAGGAGCCUGCUUGGUGUCAUUAAUAAGAGAGUAGUCCUGGUAGAAAACCUCCAAUAAAGAUCAAAAUCAUCUCCCAUUAGUUAGUUCUCACUUUUGUUUCUGCUUGACCAACAAUAAUGUGUGAAUGUCACUCGCCACUGUUACAAGAUGAACAAAAGUGAAAAAUUGUUAAAUGUGGUAAGUUAUUACAACCAGGGGCUGGUUGCACAGCUAUGCAUAUGUCAGACUGAUCUGUAGAGUCGCUCUUAAUUUUGCUCUGGUGGCCCAUUUAAACCAAAUAAUCCCAAGAACAAAACUCAGGAACUAAAUAAAUGAGGACCUAAAAGUCCCUUUGGUGCGUUUGUGUGUCCGUUUCUAUUGCAUCUGACGAUUAGACUACAUCUAGUAGAUUGCAUGAGCAAAUUAGAUCUAAAAAGCAUGAAAAAAGUGCAAUGAGAUGACAGCAUGUGGUUGUGUUGUGUAAUUUACUGCUGCAUGACUGUUCAACCUUAGUACAGAAACGCAUUGAAACAAAUAUCUCUCGUUAACUUGCUCUCUCUUACCUCUUUUUAAAACUUUUCGACUAGUCUCAGGAAUUCGGCUGCAUAACUAUGUCUAAACGUCGACAACAUUUUAAGAAAUUCCCAUGCUACUCUCCAAUAGGAGUUGGGAAUGUGAGGUCGUCAAGAGCAAGUCAGCCAUUUUUGGAGGAUACCAAGCUUUAGCACCCAGAUAGCUAGGUAGUCUCAACUCGUUAAACUUGGUGUAACUUGGCUAAAUGUCAGUUUCAACAUGGUCUGUAACGCUGUUGUAUACUGGCCUGUAACAGCCAAACGCAUGACCAAACAAACAAAAAAACUUUGAUCAUGGACUUUUCAUUCUUUCCCAACAUAACUAAGCAGGGGAGGGAAUUUAAACUUUAUCCAGCAACAUCUAGCUUGCAAGCUCAUGGCUUGGGGGAUAAUGUUUGCAUUUGUUGCUCAUGUAAGAAUAGUUUCACUGAUCAAGUAACUUUACACAACAAACCAGCCAAAUCUAAAACCUAAACUUUAGGUUUAGGAAGAUAUUUGGAUUCUAUUAGAGGGAAGGACAUUUCGAGAAAAGUCUAGCCAUUUGUAAGAUCUGUCAAACAGCAAUGAAGUCCAGUGGUAGCACACCAAAUGUUAACACUCACCUGGUGAGACGGCAUGGUGACACUAUGCAGGGAACAAGGAGUCUGUGGAUGCUAAUACAGCUAGUGCAAGCAACAACGAGCAAGACACGGAUAUUAAACCGUUUCCAGCCACAACUUAGCCAUGAUACAUUUGUCUUUUUUCCCCAUGCCAUAAUAAAUAAAUAAAUAAAUAAAUAAAUAAAUAAAUAUCUACAACAAACAAAUGUUAAGAACUGUAUUAGAUCACAAUGUAUUGCAUGGAAUGGGUCCGAACUGUUACCUAUUAAAAUGCAUCAUCCCUGAAUCGUAUCGUAGGCCAUCUAUCUAGAUACGUAUCAGAUUAUCUUAAAAGGGAGAGAUGCACACCCCUAGCAGUUAAAUACGUUAUGCUCCAAAAAUGGCAGUGUCAGAAUGCUCUGCGAUUCCCAUUCACUAUAUCCUAACAACUAUGGCUUGCUUGCUUGCUUGCAGUCUGAUUGAAAGUUGUACAUGUGCUUUAGCAGUUUGGAGGCUUGUGUUUGACCACUCAUUGUGAUCAGUGCUUUAACUCCAGCCUGAUAGCUGCUGGACCCUUAAUACAUACUACCUCAGGAGCAGGGACUUUCUAGAGGAAAACAGUAUAAACCCAGCACAUGUUCCCUAUUAAUGAGUGAACAAUCCAAUGCUUGGUGAAUUCCCAAUGAUAUGAAGAGCCGACAUAAAGGAUGAAAAAGUGACGUGGCGGCCACAAGCCAGUUGCAGCUAUGUUCCUUAGAUCAAAAUGCAAGUAAGGUUCUGCGAGUCCUUUAGUUUCUGUAAGUAUUUCUGGCUUUCUGCACAGAUGAAGGGCCACAAUCAGAGUAAAGACACUUGCACAAAAUAAAAAAAUUAUAAUUUCAAAGCUGCAUUAAUUGAUUUUUUUCUUUGCCACCAAUAAGGGGCAGAACUCCACAACACACUCACAAACACACAAACUUGAAUUUGUCUGCUUGAUGUUUGGCUUUCUUCGCCAGCUAGUUGCUAACUUUGUUUGACGUUGGGGUUUGACAGAUAGUGUACAGUGGGUUUAUCAGAGCUUCUUGGCUGAAAAACAGCUGCUUGGAAACAGAGCUAAUGGGGUUUAAUGAGAAACUAUACAUUUAGUUACUCAAAACUAAAGCAAUGAGCUAAAAAAGAAAAAAAUCUCUGUGGAGCUGCAGACAGAAUUUUCUGUGGUGACCACUGUCACAUUAAACAUUUGAUGGUAUUAAAGUAGUACUGUAGUACUUCUAAGCCUAAAGUUAUUAGCCAUUUUAUGUCCAGGCUAUCAGAGCAAUCAGCUUUUCGGGGGAAUAAUCACAGCGAUAUCACGGCUGAUCACAUUAACUCUGUAUUAUCCUCGAAAGUUAAUCCACCUGCAGGUAUAUUUGGCACAAUUUCUUUGACAUCUUUCCAGUGCUCCUUCUUUCCUUUAGCUUUUGCAAAUCAAGGUUUGUGAACUAUUUUCAUCCAUUUCCUUCGGUGAACUUGCAGUGAGGAACUAAGGCUGCAGGGACAAAGUUAGUUAUUAGUGGGACCAAGAACUCGCCCUUCCUGCUUAUGGGCAGCGAGUAUAAAAUUAAGACAGACUUCGAGAAAAUCUGAACGGAUUUUUAAAGAUGGUUUCCUGAAACUGAACAACUUUGACAUCGGCCUAAAGUGUGAGUUUUCGUUAAACCUAAAUCAUAUCCAAAGUCUGCUUGUGCAGCCAGCCCCAGGUUUCUCAAAUUCAAAGUAUGAACUUUAAAAGCUAAUUAAAAGUCCUACUUUAAAGUUCUUGACCGAGAUGUUUGGGCAUUGCUUUCUAAAACCUUUUUAGGCCAGAGUAAUAUUAAUGUUCAUAGCCUGGCUACAUCCUUUACCACAUCUUGUGCAAUAGAAAAACAAAAAAUAGAGUUUCAAAGAUGAACUAGAUAGACAUUACAGCAGUGUUCUCUAGUCAUGACAUUUCAGCUUAUUCACAUUGGAAGUUAGAAGUUUAAUUUGAUAUUAAAAGGAAUGGAUUGUUAGCUCAACUAGGGUUGAUGUUUUAUAGAAAAGUAAGCGACCAAAACCUAACCCCACCAUUAACCAAAAUUAUUAACAGUCACUGUAAAGCUGCAUUAAUAUGUUUUAGUGAACUACUUGAUGGCAGAACUUCAUAACAAGCUGAAAAUCACACUAACUAACUGUUAGCAUGCUAUAUUGCCUAUUUACACACCUGCAGACGUGGAGCUAGCAUGAUUUUGGAGUUGUGUUUGUGGCGACCUGAUGAAUGUAAGUCUAAUAUUAACUCUUGUCCAGUCUCUUUUUUGGUCUCCAAAAAUAUCUGAGAAAAAUAUCUGGCUUAGCUGCUACUGUACUUACUUCAUGAUGUUUACCAGCUAGCAGCUGUCCGUCUGCCAUUUGGUGGGAGGGAGGUAGACGCAAAACCGUGAAGUUGUGGACCAUAAAACCACUUUAAAGCACUAGCCGUGUUUCCAUCAAUGUUUUUCCAUAGUAGAAGUAUGGUGUUCGAUCCUCUUUUCUGCAUUGUUUUUCACCGUUUUAGAUUCGCCUGGCACUCUUUAAAUUAUGCCAUCUUGUUGCGCCUUCUUCUCUUGCGACUGGAUAAUUUAGUUUAUUUCGUGAACCAACUCUUAAUAAUCACAUAACAGUAAUGGAUGGAAACAAGCAUUCAUUCGCAUUUUCUUUUGCUAAAUUACUCAAAACUUGGUUAAACUUUUCGAUACAUUUGGAUGGAAACACAGCUUAUGAGGUUAAAGAGGCUAAAAUGCUUCAUCACUGAAAGUAACCCCUUGACAUUACAUGUAGUCAUUUCACUUAUUGUUCAUAUAAAAUAAAUAAUUAGUGCAGCUCUAACCCCAGAAAACUAACUUAAACUUAAAAAGUCAUUUUUUAGGGAUGCACGAUAUGGAUUUUUUUCAGUUGAUACAAUAACCAAUACCUGCUUCUCAUGGCCGAUACCAAUACAAUAACCCAUUUCACAUUUUCGUAUUUUAAGUUUUCAUAACCGGUAGUUUAUGCCCACUGAAGUUUAAUUUAUCUGCCUCAAUAAUUAUCGUGUAUUCGUAGUACUGUUUGACCAAAUUACAUCAAAGUACACAUUUGAGAAGCAUAACAAACUUUAACUUUUUGUAGUCUGUGAUACAAUGCGUGAGUUUUUUGUAGGAUGUGUACAAAGUGGCGUUAAUGGCUGUAAGAAUAUGUUGGAUUUUUACACGUCACACACCAUAACCAUAAUUACUUGAAUUAUCAUAUGCACAGAGCUGUCGGUGCAUGUAAACAUAGUCAAUGCUGACUGGUGGUUCAGAAAAAGGUUUACUGUUCCUGAAGAGGUGCCAGUACGCUGUUAUCUCUCCCACGAGUUGUUACUCUUAAGGUUACUCAGUUACAAACCAAUAACAAGAGUUGCACCAUAGAAAGCUAUUUUACAGUAAAAAGGUAAAAAGGAUGUAUAUUUUCAGACUGCAGAUUUUUUUUACGGAUGUUGUUAGCAUAAUAUGAACAUGGUAUUGUUUUGCAUAGCGAAAAAAAAAACAAAACAGUAUCUUGCUCUCAAAUCCAUUUCCACAUCUCUGCAAAAGAACUACGAGCAAGACGUUAUGAAUUAUAAAAAACACUUAGUGCAUUAGUUUUACGAUUCAAAAAUUUUUAUUAGAACUGUAGCUGGACUUCACUGUCAGUACAAAGCAGCACAGCUACACACAGACACAUAUAAGGACAACUUCUUGGUCAAAUGUAACCAGCAUCAGAGAUCGUCCACCGUCAACACAGACUUCUCUCCUUGUGUGUUUGAGUGUCUUCUUGUUCAACUCAUCUGUUCAACACGUACUGGAAAACCGUCACGGAGAGAAAGGGAGAUAAAGUGUGUGUAGGUGUAGGAGUGAAUCUGUGGCAGCAAAACAGAAGAUGAGGAAAUUCUGUUCCAAAUGUGCUUUCUUGCACUCGGCAUUGUACUGGAAACAUUGUCCAGCUCUGGACAGUGCUCUGACAUGAGCAUGGAGGACCUCAGGAGGAAAUGAUAUUGAUGUUCAUGACUGACGAUGAUUGCAGCUAAUGUGAAUUGGCUCUUGAGAAUAAAGAUGGUUUUGAGAGAA